AUGCCUUUGUCCGGCCACUGCCUGUGCAAGGCUGUCACUUACACCGUGGACAUUGAUGCACCCCUCCUCGUGGGGUACGAUCAUUGUGACGACUGCCAGCGUCAGAGCGGGUCAACCUACUCUCUAGUUGCUGUUGUCCCCAAGGACAAACUGACUGUCAAUGGACCUCUCAAGAAGUGGUCUGGAACGGGAUCCUCCGGCAAUGCGGUGCACCGUCUAUUCUGUUCGGAAUGUGGCUCUCCCAUCGCGCACGAUCCCGACGCGGCCCCAGAAAUUAUCGCUCUGAAAGCUGGUACUUUGGACACGGAGAUCAAGAAAGCCCUCAAGCCAGACACCGAGAUCUGGACCGUUGGCAAGCUUCCUUUCUGCCAGGAGCACCUGGCUAAGCCUUUCAAGCAUAUGCCUGAGUAA